CGAUGCUCGAGCCGCCGAUAGGAGCCGACCCCCUCUCCUCCCCACGAAUGCAAGUCGCCUCCGACCACAGCAUCUCGCAAGUCCCCCUCCCUCAGAACGGCAAACCACCGCCGGCCCUAUCCCUCAAUAGGCAGAAGCCUACCCCCUUCUUAUUCCUUGAUGGGUGAAGACUCGGUUCCUUGAUGGGCGAAAACUCGGUUCCUUGAUGGUUGAAAACCCUUGGGCGUCAGUCCUAAGCGUCGUUGGUGCUUCGGCACCGGGUCGCCCCGAUUACCGAGACCUCGCCCACCUAUGCGGGGCAGUGGUACAAGGGGAGCGGGUUCAAACCCCGUGCGAUGCCUCACAGCCUAGUGGAGUUGAGAACGGCCCAGCUAUUGCCUGGGUUCUGUCAAGGCCAUUCGAGGGACUUGGACGAGACGACCGAGGACGACCACGCCAAGUCCAACUCCAGGCCCGAUUCAUCGCCUCUGCAUACCGAGAAAGAAGUCCCCCAAGGGCUCCCGUUGCUCUUCGAGGCCGAGUCCCCGCUGGUGCUCAACCACGACGACCUCUUGGAGAUGAAUAUCCACGUGGACGCCGAAUUUGGCGGCAUUACCGGCAUCGUAGAUUGGGCUGAGGCCAAAAUCGCCCCGUUUGGCACGUCGCUCUGGGGUCUUGAAACAAUCCUCGGCGUGCAGACGUCGGCGUGCAGACACCUCGGCGUGCAGACCUCGGCGUGCAGACCUCGGCGUGCAGACCUCGGCGUCCAGACCUCGACGAGCAGGCUCUUCCACCCUUGCCAUUACAGCCUCUGGAAAGAAUUCUGGGACACGUUCUACGGCGUCAUGGGAGAUCUUUCGGAUUGCGAUCAGCGGGCAAUCGAAAUCGCGAGAAUUCUUGGCCUGUUCCUGGCGUACGGAUUCGAUCGUCGGCUCGAUAGCGGCCAAGCCCGGGUGGUCCAAGAAGGAAGCCCGACUUUCAUAUGCCUCGAAGCCGUCGGCUUUGUAUAG